AUGAUGGAUUUCCUCGCUUUGCUGGAAAAUGACUCGGCAGAUGCGGCUGCAGACGAGGAUGGCCAGGGCGAUAAUGGUAUCGCCAUCGCUCAUCCACAUCUCGCCCUAGCACCCGCAGAAUCUGUAGAGCGGAACGACUUGCCUCAGCAAUCAGAUGCAUUGGUUCCCAUGGUUCGGGUCGAUCGCUCUAAGCGGGCAGUCGGCAUAGCAUUGGAGCUUACCAGAGUCCGCCAGAGGGGCAAUCGUUUCAGGUCCACUGUCAAGCACAUGCAAAUCGCGGUUGCCUCUGCCUUUAUGAAUCAGCAGGCGCUUUUCGUUGCGAGACUCGUGUCGCUGUGCACAUCGAAGCCACCGCUUUUUUUCUUGAAACAUAUCAAAUGGGACGAGACGCAGCUUCUGUGCACGAUGAAUGCAGACAAGUCUUCGCAGCGAGUGAGAAGUAGCUGGCAGGUCAUGGUGGUACGCAUAAGAAUAGUCCUUGUUUGGGAAGAUGGCUCUAAUAUGGUUGUUCGGUUGAUUGUACCCCCGGUGAGCCUUCUAGCGACGGGAGCAGAGCACCAAUACUAUGCCCUUUCGUAUCAUCCUGCAUACAAGUGUCUCAACGGUUUGCUGGGUCUUUUACGACAACAAGCUGAAGAAAACAUGGACUUAUCAGAGACAGACGGGGCAUCCAGCAACAACCGAUUGAUCGCACAUUUGAUCCAACAGGCGAAAACAACACAUCUUGGACGUGGUUCUUCUGGUUCUGCGGGUCACCCGCUUUUGUUGGCCCAUUGCAGGUGCAUGAACCAUGCAGUGCAGUUGAAUAGUGCUGCCAUCCUCGGGACAGUCAGUGCCACCCUGCUCAACAGGGUUUACGGCAUGACAAUUUUUAUCCGCAAUCUGGGCUACUGGCUCCGGAUCAGACAGGCGAUUAGAAAUUGGGUGGGUGAGAACCUGAGAUUUCGGCCUGAAGUUCCCGCCAGCAAUCUUCAAGAGCACGUGCAGCCACACCCAGCCCUCCAAGAGUUGAUAGCCUAUCUUCGCAUGUGGAAGAAGCUUGAAAAGCAGAGUGCGAAGGCUGAAGAUGACCGGCCACGAGUCGAUGAGGACGAGGACGAGUCAAGUUUCGAUCGUAAGGCGGCUGCUUUUCUGGAUAUGUGGAAUGGUAAUGUGGCAGACGGUCCUUGUCAUGUGUGUUCUUGUCCCAACAUUCCGCCUGGCCAUCGUCACUGUGCGGACAGGGCCGCUGCCGUGAAGAAGUGUAGUGACACCCUACUUGAUCUGUUUGUGCAUGCGAUGCCCGGUGUUCCAUCUCCCAGCAAAUGGACAAAACUACAUUCGCCUUUGGAUUUCUGCCUAGCGGGCACAGUAGUGCACAAUUGGCUCGAACAUGCAUUCCGGAGUGCAUUCUCGGAGAUGGUGUUCCAGGAGUUCCCGGAUAGCGAAGCUGGAACAGAUCCUCGAUUGGUUGAAGCCUUGUCGUUUCAUGCAGUGAAUGGCCGCCGGUUUCAAAGUUCGAUGUCGUUCCUGCAGAACACACAUGAAAAAUGGGCUGUGGGUCUUUUGGCAGUGGCGCUGGAACCGAAUCGUGUUCUGACGUGGUACUGGCUGAGUUGCUUGGGCCACUCAUUGAGCCCCGGUGAAAGGCCACCUUUAUACUGUUUGUUGGAUCCGAGCAACAGUGUUUUGACGACCAUGUUGUUCGCCUCUUGUUGGAUGUUUCGUCGGCACUACGAGUAUCUGCAUUCGGAGUCCUUUCUUGUUGCCAUCGUUGGUUUGGCCCGGGCCCUCAAAACGAGACAUGUCACAGCAGAAGAGCUUCAGACAUCCCGCUGGAAGAAGAUAUUUGCUUGGUUUGCUGCGACAUUGCAGUUGAGCAUCGCUGACGUGGAAGUCAAACAUGCGGCAAAUCGCUCCAAUGCGGAGAGCGGCUUUAGCACCAUCGCUGCGAAAUUUGUAAAUUCGGACUCGCAUUUGGUUGCACGUCAGGCUCGGCAAAAAACUUGGCCCAGCAAGGACAAGGAUGAAUCUGGACAUAUCGAAGAUGUCGGGAAAGAUGCCACUGUCGUAGAUAUGACAAAGCGAAGACCGAAGGGCCAAUCAGCAUUAGAGCUGUUUCGCAAGGAUUGGCUGCACAGACGUCGCAUGUCCGAAGCCGUCAAUCCGGCUACGAAAGCAGUAUGGGAUGAAGUCCGUGCGGCUUGGAGGGAGCUGUCGGAUGAGCAGAAGCAAGUGUACACUGCAAUGGCUGCUUCUAGUGGGGAAGCUGCAGCUUCCCAAAGGCGACAAAACCGCCGUGCAACUUCAGAUGCUACUGUUGACAAACGAGGCACAGGAAUGAACUUGUGCCAGCAGCAUUACCAUUCUUGUUGCACACCAAAGCUGUUGAAUGCAGUGCCUUUCCAGUAUCAUUUGGAAACCGCAGAUUUGAAAGCAUUGCUGUCCCCGUUUCCUAAGAACGAGCCCCGCACGUCCAACUUCGGCAAACACGGGUACCCUGUUUCAGAAGCAUCCCUGAGUCGAAUAGCUGAAGUGCAGCGGCAGAAGGGGAUUUCGGCGAGGCAGGCCGAACGUCAUUUCGACCAGGAAAUGGAAAGGCUGGCCCGCCCGCCAGAUUCGGACCUUUUCCCAGACAGGGUCGUCUAUGAGAGUUAUUGCGGGUGCCAGUGCCGGCAUACCGGUGAGGACGAACGUAUUGCAUUGCACGUCAAUUUGCUCCAGUCCUUCUUGCAGAUCGUGAAGCAGCUCGGUUCUCCGAUGGAAGUUGUGCGAUCAGAUGUGUUGCUGUCCUUUGAGGUGUUAUCGAGCACGAGGCGCCAUGUGGUUCGCCAAUUUGCUUGGGUUUCUGCCGUAUCCGCCAGAGCGGGAGCUUUGAAACCAGAACAGACUUUUGUGCUCGCAGAAGUGGCCGAUUGUGGCCAAAUUGGAGAGGGAAUGCACAGAUUCGACGGCCUUUAUCUUGACCUCUGCUUCGAGCCUCAUGUGCAGUGUAAGAAGGAAUAUUUGCCAGCCCCUCCCGACGAGCCCGCCGUUGGCCGCUUGAGAAUGUUCGUCUCCGACUCUUUCGCCUUCCACUUGCUCAGUGUGUUCGAUGAUCAUCCUGGUCUUUUCCCCGGGCAAGUCGUGAUCAAUAGACUUCUAUACGAAGAUUGUACUCCCAGGCGUGUCCGUGUCGUAGGUUUCGAUGCGAAUUUCCAAAGAGUCUUGGUAUCUGUAGGGCAUGGUUCUGAUGUGCACGAAGCAGCAGAUCCAAUGUUUGACGGGGCGGGGGCUGGCCGGGAUGAUGCGGGCCCUUCUGCCGGCAGCGAUAUGGAUUUCCUUGCUUUGUUGGAUGACAAUGAUAUUUUGGACGACCCAGACCUGCAGGGCAUCCUCGGUGCCGACAACAUCGCUGAGCUCAAGAGAGCUAUCGAGACGUGCACGGCCACCGGGACAGAGAUUGCCAACAACAGUUGGAUGGAUGAGCGAGCAGCACAGGAUUCAGAUAGCGACAUCUUCGAUGAGGGCGAUUGCAAGCAAAAUCCAGAUUCGAGAGGUGAUGACUUUCUGCCAGCAGCCACUACGACAUCCCCGACGACGGCACGGCGACUGUCGACUCCAGCCGCUUCGAGUUCUUCAGCUUCUUCAUCAGCAGUCCCGCCGCUGACUCGAGCUGGUGCACAGAGCUCUGGUCCACAUCAGACUUGGCAGCUUCUCAAGAUGGAUGAAGACGGGGCCAAGAUCGAGGUGAUGUUCGGUGGCACCGGUACUGAUUUUUGUUCCGUGCGUAGAUGUUUGAAUGGGAAAGUGGAGCCGCUCGGCUUGGUGAAAAAGCUUACCAAGACAACGAAUGGGCAAGAAAGCUUGAGAGCUCUUUGCAAAAAGCACACAAGAUGCGAAUGCUGGGUUACCGGCGGAACUGCACAUUCCGACCUCAUUUUGGAAUGGCUCGCUGUCGCUCCUAAGGAGACAGCCGAAAGUCAUGCCCGUCUUGCUUCGGAAUUGAAGCGGUCGGUCGGUAUGAAAGUUCGAGGCUGA